CACAGGACAGCAAUGGAACAAGUCACGUAACUACGAGAGGCGAAGAAACUAAUGGGACGGCAUUUAGAAAAGUUCCAAUUUCAGUUCCAGGACAACAACCAGUUCUAGGCUUUGUUUGAAAAAAAAAAAAUGUGAACAUGAACUUCAGUCCAAGAGGGACAAAGACCCCCGCGAGCAAACACGCCAAGUGAUUGUGAUUCGGGACAAAAUGAGUGGUGGAGAUAAGAAGAGAAGUGGUUUCCAGAUAACCAGCGUGACGUUGGACUAUGGCCAGACCGGUGUGGACUCCUCCCAGAGGGGGGGUUUCUCUGAGUACUCCGAUCAGCCUCCACCCCAGCAACAACAACAGCAGCAGCAGCAACAGUCUGUGGGUGAUGGACAGAACGUGGAGCACUUGCCUUCCCCCGACUCCAACAUGCCCAGCCCUGUGCCUGUCACCCCUCCACGGAUGGUAGGAAGCCAGAUGGAGGCUGAGGUGUCCAGAGAGCCCGGGUGCUCAGUGGUGCCCUCCACAGCUCCACCUCCCUCCAGCACUGGGGGUAUCACGGACAGGUCAGGAGGUGGAGGUGAAGGGAACUGUAGGGUGGGACCUAACAGACCUGCCCUUUUGGACCUGCCCAGGACCAGUCAGCACAGUUCCAGCUCCAGCCAGCCCUGCACUCCAAAGUUCCUCAGGAGGCAGGUGUCCGUGGAGCAGGGUGGAGCUCAGUCCUCCCCGCCCUCUCCCUCACGGUUCCGCGUGGUCCGUCUGGGUCAGGGGCUCGGGGAGCCGUACUGCCGCGGGCGCUGGACCUGCACGGACUUCCUGGAGCGGGACGGCCCAGAGAAGAGGGGCCUGCGCUUGGUGGUGGAAAGCAUGCGCCAUGCCCACUCCCUGGACUCCCUGGAGGUGGUGGAACUGGGUGGGGCCAGGGAGGAGGUGGGAGGGGUGGUGUUAAGCCCUCUGGCACACAUCCAUGCGCAGAACACCAGGCACCAGGCUAAUUCACAGGACGCCGUGCCCGUUUUGCCACCUCACAGCAGAUCAGCCGCGGGGUCACCUGAAAAGCACUUUGCCGGAGAGGAAGGGAAGGCUGAUUCUGGAGCGGUGUUGAGAUAUGCUGCUGUCCCCUGUGACCCUCUCUCUCCCUCACACAUGGAUCAGUUCCGUGUAAAACUAGAGGAUGUGUCCUCUGGCUCCCCCCUCACUUACGUCCCCCAAACCGUCUCCCUCCAAAGACAGCAGCAGCACUCUCCCCUCCUUUCAGCCUCCAGUCACCCCUCAGAAUUUGGCAGCUCCCGCUACAUCCCUCCCCGGUUGCAUCUGGACCUGAACAUUUUGGGGAAGUCUGAGCCCCUGACCACCCCCCUGUCCCGAGAUGGAGACCCCCACCAAGACAUGAGCCCCAGUCAGGCCGCGUCUGCUUUCAGCCUGGCCCAGUCCAUGUUUGGAGUUGGGGGGGCAUUUGACCCGGACAGUGAGAGUGGUUCCAGUAAAAGGAUCAUGGCAAUCGACAACAAAAUUGAGCAGGCCAUGGACCUGGUGAAGACCCACCUGAUGCUCGCGGUCCGAGAAGAGGUGGACGUGCUGCGAGAACAGAUCAUGGAGCUGACAGAGAGGAACACACAGCUGGAGAGAGAGAACUACAUUCUGCGAACCCUGAGAGAGAGAGACUGAAGAAGGAGGGAGAACUGCAUCAUGCAGGUGCUGACAGAAAGGGAAUAUUACAUCACACAGCCCCAGAGAGAAUGGGAAUGUUACAUCAAACAGACCCAGAGGAAAGGAAUAUUACAUCAUACAGACCCAAAGAGGAAGAAACAGAUUAUUACAUCACACAGGCCUUAAAACGGAGGGAUUGAGGAAGAACUGUAUUAUGUGCUGGGAGAACUGUAUUAGGUGCUGGGAGAAAUGGAGAGUGGGUGCAAUAGGAGCUUUAUGCAGAGAGAAACUAGCAGGAGAAGGAAGCACGAAAAGGCUCUGCUCAACAGACAGCAAAUGAGGAAUGUAAAUAGAAUGGUCUAUUGAACCUAUUAGUUUAUAUUAGGAAAGGCAAAUCUUUGGUGCAGUGCAAAACCAGAUUACACACUGAGGAAGUAUGAAUAAAUAAAAAAUAAUUUGGUUGGCUUUUCAUUAAAGAUCUGCCUGUCUUCACACGUUCGAUGCACUUUUCCCUGUUCGUCCUGUUCUGAUGUAUUGCGUCAACUGACUACCUAAUGCACUGUGAGAACUCUACAUGGGGCUGAUGGAAGUGAAUCUUCAAAGCCUUCAGCUGCAAACUGACAUAUUUAAACUUGGACGAGUGAAAGGAAAGUUGAGAGAGUGGGUUAAAAGACGUGGGUGAGUAGAGUGAAGACUGAAUGAAAAAGGACAGACUGGUUGGAUGAGAGACUAGAAGAGCAGAUAAAAAAGGAAUGCCAACACCCGUUAUUGUGGUUUUUUAUUUUAGUAUUAAUUUUUUUGCCAAUAAUCCUGCCAUGUUUCCACAGGA